AUGCCCCGAUCCGGAUACGACUUGACUGGAGCUGCUCAAGGCUCGCCGGCUUCUGAGGCCGCGACUCGAGCUAGACAAAGGGCUGAUACUGCAAGCCGCACUCCUCGUGCAGGCACUCCUACCAAUCCAUCCCGCCAAGAUGGAGAUGACCAGGAGAUUACUCCUCGAGCGUCUCGAAUCGGUGUCUUCGCUGGGACUGCUCCUGCUAACUUUCAAACGAUCUUCCAGAUGGGCUUCAUUCCGCAGCGCAUAGAGAGACCCGAGCUCUACCAGAACCCUUUGAGCAUGAGCUCGGCUCAAAAUGCCUCUCAAUCAUUGAUGAUGCCUGUCAACCCUCAGUACGGUUUUAGAAUCCCUCCUGCGGCACAAUCGACUGCCUUUGCACGAGCUGCAAUUCCUGUUUCCACUAGCCAAGACAUGGGGUUCCUCAACGCCCAAGCACCAUUCGGAGCUUCUAGUCGCCAGCCAAUCGACUCUGGAGCCGCCAACUCCAGAGCAGAACAGCAUCUCUUUCAAAGAAGCGGCGGUCGGUUCCAUGCUAUGCCCGUCAGCCAGCAUGUUUUUCCAACCCACCAUAACAGAGACCCGAAUGCCCAGUCGCCUUUUUACAGCUCCCACAGUCGGACAGGCACAGGACCAUCUGACACUGUCGACGAAGACGCCGAGAUGACCGAUGUCGAUGGCCAGCGUCAUAAGUGA